UGGCUUUGAAGCCAUCUCCAACGUCUCUCUUUGUAAACUCCGCUACUAAUACCCACACCAUUUCACAUUAUAAAAAACCCAAACAAACAAACACUAAAUUCACAUGCCAGUAUCCUUCACUACCACCACCAACCUCCCUCUUAUCCUACGCACACUUCCUUCUUCAACCAUGGCUUCUUCUUCUCUCGCUAUCCCUUCCGUUUCUCUCAAAACCCUCUCUUUCACUUCCUCUGAUGCUUUUAACAAAGGAAUUCGAGGAUUUGCUCUUAAAAAUGGGAACCCAUCAAUGGUUUUCAUGAGCUUGUCAGUUGGAUCACAAACUCAAACUGUUGUUGUUGAUGAUACUUUGUUUCUCGAUUAUAAGCCUACCUCAGCCUUUUUGUUUCCUGGUCAGGGUGCACAAGCUGUUGGGAUGGGAAAGGAGGCUCAUAGUGUGUCAGCUGCUUCCGAGUUGUACAAAAAAGCCAACGAUAUAUUGGGGUAUGAUCUUCUUGAACUCUGCAUCGGUGGUCCAAAAGAGAAGCUGGAUUCGACUGUUAUAAGCCAGCCUGCUAUUUAUGUCACAAGUCUAGCUGCAGUUGAGGUGCUCCGAGCUCGUGAUGGAGGCCAGCAGAUAAUUGACUCUGUUGAUGUCACAUGUGGUCUCAGCUUGGGAGAAUAUACUGCGCUCGCAUUUGCUGGAGCCUUCAGCUUCGAAGAUGGACUGAAGCUGGUCAAACUAAGGGGUGAAGCCAUGCAGGAAGCUGCCGAUGCUGCUAAAGGUGCGAUGGUCAGUGUUAUAGGACUGGACUCUGACAAAGUUCAACAGUUGUGUGAUGCAGCCAAUCAAGAAGUUGAUGAAGCUGAUAGAGUUCAGAUUGCAAAUUACCUAUGUCCUGGUAAUUAUGCGGUAUCUGGAGGUGUGAAGGGAGUAGAAGCAGUAGAAGCCAAAGCAAAGUCAUUCAAAGCUCGAAUGACGGUUCGUUUGGCAGUUGCCGGUGCUUUUCAUACAAGUUUCAUGGAACCAGCUGUCUCAAGAUUGGAAGCUGCAUUGGCAGCCACUGAAAUCAGACAACCAAGAAUACCAGUUAUAUCCAAUGUUGAUGCACAACCACAUGCAGAUCCUGCAACAAUUAAGAAGAUCUUGGCACGCCAAGUGACUUCUCCUGUUCAAUGGGAAACAACAGUGAAGACUCUCUUAACCAAAGGGCUGAAGAAGAGUUAUGAAUUGGGACCUGGAAAGGUUAUUGCUGGCAUUUUCAAGAGAAUGGACAAGAAAGCUGAAAUAGAGAAUAUCAGUGCAUGAGAAGGAAGCUAGAAGCAUGCCUCAAGUGGUUCCUGAUCAACAUAAUAGCUGGAGCACAACGUGCACAGGACCUUCAUUCCAGUGUAUGGUAGUUCAAAAUUUCUAGGACCAUGAUUUGCAACUUCAGUUUUGAUUUGAGAUUAAUUUGUCUCGAUGCGCACUAGAAACUAUAUAUUCAGUUUGUCGACUGCGUCAAAUAAUUAUAAUGUACGGAUUUUCUUUGUACGUGGAGUAGCAUUAAAAUAACAGUUUAAAGGGAAGAAGGGGUUAAGGCAAA